AUGGGGUAUUUUGUGGACACUAAAAACACUAGUAACGCAAAAGCUUUCACUAAGGAAGAAGAUUCCGUCCACCAGCGCCUUCUUCGCGCCAUGUCUGACCAGGACAAAUUGCUACUACUUAAUGGAGCUUCCAUGUCAGUACCAGAUGCCCAAAGCGAGCUAUCAAAAAGGAAGAAAUACGACCCAGACGCCAAGGUCCAGUGUACUAGGUGUCGAGAUGCAUUGUUUCGUUCCAAGUUUGUCCCCGACCAGUAUAAAGUGGACUCAGUGUCUGAAGUUAUGGAGAACAUUCCUCCUCAUGCCAAUUUGGUGUAUGUUGUUAGUGCAAUGGAUUUCCCCAUGUCUAUCAAUGAAGAUGUGUUCAAAUACCGUGGGGCUAGUACCAUGAAGUUUGUUGUGACCAAACUGGAUCUUUUUUUCGCUAAUAAAGCCAUGGCUGCCAAAUAUGGUCUCCAGUUUUUCCACGAUUACUUCUGGAGAACAUAUAAGGUACCGCCAGAGAAUGUCUUUUGCGUUUCUGGCGCCGUGGACUGGCACACAGAGAGGUUGUAUCAAGCUGUUCAAGAUAAUCUGUUCUUCAUUGGCUGUGUUAAUAGUGGUAAGUCUACGUUGAUUCUGGCCCUCUUACAUAUUGCCCAGCAGAACCGGCAGAAGCUCCCAAAUGCUCGGAGAGACCGAAUGGCGCAAAGAUUGGAUGACAUGGCCAUCUCUAAUAGUAAACCUACCACUCGCCAGGCUCUUGCCAAACACAAUUUGGCAGCCAUCAACACUUUCAAAAAACUUCAUGGUCCGGGUACUUCGUACAUGCCAGGAUUCACACGAGGCAACCUUCCAUUUGAGCUUUCUCGAAACAUGACCAUUUACGAUGUUCCUGGGUUUGCUUCUUCGAAAGCGUCCCAACUCUACGAGUUUAUGCAUGCCAAUGCCAUCAAGUCCAUUCAGAAGGGCCAGAAAAUGCACAAGAAGGGCACAUACAAGUCACACUACGAAACUGCCAGGGGGGGGCAGGUUGUGACGGUUGGAGGACUCUUUUUUCUCCAGGUUCCGCAAAAUGUCAUGUUACAGGUCCGGAAUGUCGUAAAUCACAAGAUGCAUAUUUUUAAGAACAUGGAGAAGGCACUCCAACUUUGGAACGAUCCACAUUCCAACCCGGCCCUUCGUGACGUGUUUGCGGUGGAUUCUUCGAAAACUCAAUUGGUCAAGUACAUUAUUCCAUCGUUCUACGGUAGUGUGGACCUAGUGAUCCGGUCGGUCGGAUACAUCACCAUGACACCAACCGGCAAGUUCAAUGCCCAUCAGCCGUUUACGGUGUAUUUGCCGGAAGGACUCGAGGCUAUCAUUCGCCAGCCUAUUACGCGAUACAUUACGAGGACUUUGGCAGGUCGAGAUGCACAGGGGAAUGUUCUAAAGAAGGAAAAUUGGAGGGAGAAGAGCGUGACAGAAGUGAAACGGUAUACUGGCAAAAGCCCGUUUGUGAGCCGUCUAAUUCCAGGUGAGGGUCCAGGCAACGACGCCGAGAUUAUGCAGAAAUAUGUGCAACAAGUGAAGGGCCACGCGGUUUCUCAUGCGACAGUUUCCGACGAAAACCAAUAUACUAAUUGGGUGUAA